AUGGAUGUCUCUCUUUGCCCAGCCAAGUGUAGUUUCUGGCGGAUUUUCUUGCUGGGAAGCGUCUGGCUGGACUAUGUGGGCUCCGUGCUGGCUUGCCCUGCAAAUUGUGUCUGCAGCAAGACUGAGAUCAAUUGCCGGCGGCCGGACGAUGGGAACCUUUUCCCUCUCCUGGAAGGGCAGGAUUCAGGGAACAGCAAUGGGAACGCCAGCAUCAACAUCACGGACAUCUCAAGGAAUAUCACUUCCAUACACAUAGAGAACUGGCGAGGCCUGCACACACUCAAUGCUGUGGAUAUGGAGCUCUACACGGGACUCCAGAAGCUGACCAUCAAGAAUUCUGGACUCCGGAACAUUCAGCCCAGAGCCUUCGCCAAGAACCCCCACUUGCGUUAUAUAAACUUGUCAAGUAACCGUCUCACCACACUCUCCUGGCAGCUCUUCCAGACGCUGAGUCUUCGGGAAUUGAGACUGGAACAGAACUUCUUCAACUGCAGCUGUGACAUCCGCUGGAUGCAGCUGUGGCAGGAACAGGGGGAGGCGCGGCUGGACAGCCAGAGCCUUUACUGCAUCAGUGCUGAUGGCUCCCAACUCCCCCUCUUCCGCAUGAACAUCAGCCAGUGUGAUCUCCCUGAGAUCAGUGUAAGUCACGUCAACCUGACUGUCCGAGAAGGAGACAAUGCCGUCAUCACUUGCAAUGGCUCUGGCUCUCCUUUGCCUGACGUGGACUGGAUUGUCACGGGACUUCAGUCCAUCAACACGCACCAGACCAAUCUGAACUGGACCAAUGUUCAUGCCAUCAACCUGACCCUGGUGAACGUGACGAGCGAGGACAACGGCUUCACCCUGACGUGUAUUGCGGAGAACGUGGUGGGCAUGAGCAAUGCCAGCGUUGCUCUCACUGUCUACUACCCUCCACGUGUGGUGAGCCUGGUGGAGCCUGAGGUACGCCUGGAACAUUGCAUUGAGUUUGUGGUGCGUGGCAACCCGACACCCACGCUGCACUGGCUGUACAAUGGACAGCCACUGAGGGAGUCCAAGAUCAUUCACAUGGACUACUACCAGGAGGGUGAGGUCUCGGAGGGCUGCCUGCUCUUCAACAAGCCCACCCACUACAACAACGGCAACUACACCCUCAUUGCUAAGAAUGCCCUGGGUACAGCCAACCAGACCAUCAAUGGCCACUUCCUUAAGGAGCCUUUUCCAGAGAGCACAGAUUUCUUUGACUUUGAGUCUGAUGCUAGCCCUACACCACCUAUCACUGUGACCCACAAACCAGAGGAAGACACUUUUGGGGUGUCCAUAGCAGUUGGACUUGCUGCCUUUGCCUGCGUCCUUCUGGUGGUUCUCUUUAUCAUGAUCAACAAAUAUGGUCGCCGGUCCAAAUUUGGAAUGAAGGGUCCUGUGGCUGUUAUCAGUGGAGAGGAGGACUCGGCUAGUCCACUGCACCAUAUCAACCAUGGCAUCACUACGCCUUCAUCGCUUGACGCUGGGCCAGACACAGUGGUCAUUGGCAUGACUCGAAUUCCAGUCAUUGAGAACCCCCAGUACUUCCGUCAGGGACACAAUUGCCACAAGCCAGACACAUGGGUCUUUUCAAACAUAGACAAUCAUGGGAUAUUAAACUUGAAGGACAAUAGAGAUCAUCUAGUCCCAUCAACUCACUAUAUAUAUGAGGAACCUGAGGUCCAGAGUGGGGAUGUGUCUUACCCAAGGUCACAUGGUUUCAGAGAAAUUAUGUUGAAUCCAAUAAGCCUUUCCGGACAUUCCAAGCCUCUUAACCAUGGCAUCUAUGUUGAGGAUGUCAAUGUUUAUUUCAGCAAAGGACGUCAUGGCUUUUAAAAAAAAAACACAAAACUCCUUUUAAGCCUCCUUGUUCUGAUGUCACCUUGGUAGGAUGGGCCCUCUGAGAGGUUGGAAGCACUAGGCGUUGCUCUUUUUUGGAUCCAGGGAUGCUAAGUAGAAACUGCAUGAGCCACGAGUGCUCCCACACCUUUUACCACCACUGAGAUGGGUGUGUCUCCCAUCGACCACUGGCAGGUUGUUGCCCCUCCCUCCUGUCAUCACUGUGCUCCUUUUCCUCCGGCCUCCGAGGCAACUCCUGCCAACGUCUUUAGAGCCAAUAAAGAGAAUCCUAACCCAAGCACCAGGAGCUACCUUUAAAACACGCUAGCCAUUCUCUUGACCCAACCAUCACGAGAAGGCCUGAAGUCCAGCCGUGUUCCGGUCUCACUUUCCUGCUUGGAAGCAUGGGGUCUCCAUGCUGUCCUCUCAGUGACCUCAUCACCCUGCAGCCUCCAGUGGGGAAGAGUCACAGAGAGCUCUUAAGCAGAGGUGGAGACGGCGCAGUAAGAGGAAGGGGAACCAGGCCCAAGUGUUGGCAACAGAUUAGGUCUCAGAGGGAAGAAUGGAAGACAGUAAUUUUGUUGGUUUAUUUUUAUCUUUAUUUUUGGUGUAUGUGUGUGUGUGGAAAAAUAUCAUACUUUUUUGUGGACACACUUGCCCCCUCCUUCUUCUUCUCUGGAAUGGCUCACAGUGAGUGCAAUGUUAGAAAGUUCUUUGGAAAGAGAUUGUUUUUUGCUGACUCCACCUGGGUCCCUAGAGCUACAGUUCCGACAUGCAUUGGCUACAGAAGGUCUUGCCUGUGAAUUGGCCAUCCUACUAGGACCACAAGGGACCAAGGGAAUCAGGGACCAAGACCCUUCCUCCUAGCCCGUGAUCUCGGGAUUGGCUCUCCUCCCCUACAUUCACUUUCUCUUGACUCUGAGAACCUUUGGAACCCAGUGGAAUCAUCAUGUCAAGGUCAAGAUGAACUGAAGGGGAAGAGAAGUAAAAACCUGGCCUCCUCCAGCCCCUCUCAUGGCACCGAUGGGCGUGUCAUCCUGCUCUCUGGUGGAUAUGUGUGUUUGCUUGCCUCCACUCAGGUCUUACUCCACAGCCAUCCUCUCCCAAAGAAGGGUUGUCCCUCAUUUUCAACUUUGCCCUCUGGGGAGAGGGAAGGGGUUGAUAGUUCUUUACAUAAUAGGAAAGGCAGAUUUGCAGAGCAUGAAAGCUCGGCCAGGUUGGCCCAACUCUCCCCAGUUCCAUGGAAGUCCCUGUUAUGGGAAAGGAGAGAGGGCAUCCCAAGUUCAGUUCUUGAGGCAGCAUGGUGAUUACUUAACUACAUUCUGAUGUAGUGUUGCACAGCAGUGAAAGACAGAGCAUAUGCUUUUUGGCAAAUUGAGCUAAAGAUACUACUCAAGGGUCAUUCUCCUUAGCACCUGUAGAUGGUGGAUCAUCAUGCCAGGUUCCUAGCCAGAUGCUCUAGAUAUCUCUGUGGGUAACAUAAGCAUGCAGCUUUCCAAGUUCUUUCCCAGGACCCAGAGUGAAUUCCACAGUGUCACCUUAGGUACAGGGUUCCUGUUCGAGGGCCCCCACUCCCUUCCAGCACUGCUCAACCUACUCCCCAUGGUUGUAGGUCAGACUCUUCCCCAUCACACCCAGAUGGUCCCUAGGGUUCAGAUCUCCUGAGCGUGGCUUUAAGGAGUAAGCUUGAGGAUGAUGUUUUUAAUUGUUGUAAAUCACGACCUCAUUUCCAGCCUCCCAGGCUCCAUCCAUCACAGCAUCUUUUAU